UUUCAUCGUCUUCUCCAUGUCAGCUACGACUGUAGGUUAUCAGACUGCGCAGGUGAAUCCUCAUUUCCAGUCCAUAGUACAAGCACUUAGUACUCACACUGCCCGUCUGACGAUAGAGAUAGUUGCAGCAAUGGCAGCAGUGGUGAGUAUCCGAACUGUGGUCCAGUUGAUCUGGGGAAAGAAGUGGGGCAUCGUUAGAGUUUUGUUUACUCUCACUCGUUAUGCUACCUUGAUGGGUACUGCUAUGACCACGUAUGCUGCGGUGACUGACCGGUCUAAGUACACAAGUUGUGCGACUUUCGACAAUGUUUCAUAUGGCCUGCUUAUUUUUCGCACAUGGGCCUUUUGGCAUCAGAACAAGAAAACGUUGGUGUGGCUUCUCGUUCUUGCUGCGUUUUCCAUUCUAGGGGCUGUUGGAGUGACAAGAGUCGCAGGCAUCCUCCAUAUCGCUGGUCCUCAGACUCCACCGGUCGACCAGACAGGCUGCGUGUUUGAAAAUGGAAAGGGUGACGCCAUACAAUACGGUUUUUUGAUCAUUUAUGAGCUAGUGCUCAUGAUCCUUACGAUAUACAAGAGAUUCAACUUCUACAAAGAUGCUCGAGGUCGCCUCGUCACCAUCCUUUAUCGCGAUGGGAUGAUAUACAUGACCUGCAUCAUAAUGGCAUCCUUCGCAAAUGUUCUUAUCACCCUGGUUGCUCCUGGCACGUACACCGACAUCCUGGAUGCACCACAACUCGUGAUCCAUGGAAUGCUAGCCUCCCGUAUCUUAUUCAAUCUGCGACAUGAGAGCCAUCGGUCUGAUUCUGCGAUCAUUAACGGAAUCUUUCCUAUGGAUCCCCAACCCCCACAAUUACAUCCAUUCACGCUUCCUAAGUUGUUUUUACUCUACUUUCUUCAGCAUGCAUUAUGA